AUGGCAUCAAAACCCGACCAGAUUGAGCCUACUGGUGUCAAAGAUGAGGUUAAUAGUACCAAUGAUAUGACUACUAGAGUAAUAUCAAGGAAUGAUUUGCAAAUAAAUAAUGAGAAUGAUGUCAAUGAGAAUACUACAGAUGCGAAUACAAAUGAUGAGUGCAUGACAACUGUCCCUUCAACCAUUGAUGAAUCACCAAAAGAUUCCAGAAUAGAAAAUAAGGACUUUGGGUCCAAGAAUAACGUUGCCUUUCUGGAGGACACGGUAAGUACAGAAGAUGAUCAAAUAUCGAGAGCAGCCAACCAUAUUGGCCGAGAUGAAUCGGUGGACACAGAAACCGCAGAAAGUGUAGUUCUUGGCAAGGUUUAUACUGAUAUUGAUAAAAGUAGUCCUGUAAGUGAGGCUGCUACAAACAAUAAUAAUGCUGACACUAGUAUCAUUGAAACACAAACCAGUAAAGGAGAUGAUGAUAAAGAUGAUGAAGAUGAUGAAGAUGAUUUAGAAGAUGAAGAUGGUGAAGAUGAUGAAGAUGAAGAAGAUGAUGAAAAAGAAGAUGAUGAUGAUGAUGAAGACGAUGAUGGAGAUGAACCACCACUACUUAAAUACAGCAGGAUAAAAAACUUGUUUGUUGAUUUACCUAAGCGUGAUUCAAUAUCUACAUGCUGCUUUGGAGAAACUUUCUUUGCAUUUGGCACUCACAUGGGAUUAUUGCAUAUAACUAAGCCGGAUUUCAGUGCAAUAAAAACCUUAAAAUGCCAUCGAUCGAGCAUACUUUGCAUAAAUAUUGAAUCAGAUACCAUUGCAACAGCAUCGAUCGACGGAACUGUAAUUAUAAUAUCUAUGGAUGACUUACAAAAUUUAACUGCAUAUGAUUUCAAAAGACCAGUCAAUGCUGUUGCCUUGCAUAGCAAUUACUCUACCAACAAAUUAUUUAUUUCUGGUGGAAUGGCUGGUGAUGUAAUAUUAACUCAGAGGAAUUGGCUGGGCAAUCGAUCCGACAUAAUAUUAGAUAGCAAGAAGGGUCCUAUUAUGGGGAUUUUCAUUGUUGAUGAUAUGCUAAUUUGGAUGAAUGAUGAUGGUAUUACAAUAUGUGACAUACCGAGUAGAACUAUUAUGUUAACCACAAAAUUUCCUAUAGGACUUGAAUAUGAAAGGCCAGAUUUGUUCAAACCAUUUCUACACAAAAUCGAUACCGAUAGGUUUAUGGUUGGAUGGGGACGCCAUUUAUGGGCAUUCAAGUUCUCGAAAAUUACAGAUCCAAAAAACGAAUCGGCUAAACUAGUGUCUCUCAUAUCCUCAGCAGCCUCCAGUUUGAAAAUUACUCCAGAAAAAAAUGUCGUGCUAGAGAGUCAUCACUGUCUAGAUCAAUAUCUUGCUGGUAUUGCUUCAUUUAAAGGAGAUCAGUUGAUGUGCCUGGGUUUCCCGGUAUCUGAGAAUAACGAUCCCCUAAAAGGGAUAUUACCACAAAUAUCGAUUAUCGAUUUGUGGGAUGCGUCAGAAAUUUACUCCAACGAUAUUGUUACAAAAGACUACGAUAAAUCAAAUUUAAAUGACUAUCACCUUGGUGUUCAACUGAAUAAUGAUAUCAAUGAGUAUUAUCUUAUUUCAAAAUUUGAUUAUAUUAAAAUUGAUACAUUGACUCUAAAAGACCACUAUGAUUGGUAUUAUGAGAAGAAGAAUUACACACGUGCAUGGGAGGUUGGAAAGGUAAUUCUUCCUCCUCAUUCUUUAUUUGGCCUUGGAGUAAAAGCUGUCAAUGAUUUAAUACAUAAAAAGCAAAUACUAAACGCCUUAGAGAUGUCUAGAAGAGUAUUCGAUACUAUUGAUCAGUUACAUAAUCAGGAGCUAAGAUCUGACAAUGAUUUGGAUUGGGGGAAGUUGUAUGAGCAUUUUCUUCAAAUAAGUCAGGCUUAUCAAUUGUCAGAUUUUCUACCGAAUAGUAAAAGGAUUCCCUCACAAAUUUAUGAAAAGAUUCUCAGUAGCUUAAUAGAUAAUAACAAGAUUGAAGAUUUGAAGGACUGCAUUAUUAAAUGGGGAGAUAAAAUUACAAAUAUAGAAACAAUCGAAACCAAACUCCUUCAGUUGAAGAGCGCACAGCAAACAUCAAACAGUAAAAAGGAAUUGAUAGACAGCCUGGUAUCAUUAAAUUUGGAGGCUAAGAGAUUUAGCAAAGUAAUACCAUACAUGAUUGAGAACAAAGAUGAUAGAAUUUUUGAGAUUUUAGUUAGAAAUAAGUUAACAUCCCAUUUUCUAUCAGAUAUAACUAGCAUUAUUUUGGUGCCUCUUGGUGAUAAAGAUAUUAAUAAGUUGGAUAUCAAAGAUCUUCGUCAAAUUUUGAAGAAAUCCACUGAUUUUAUCUGCACUUCUUUGAGGACUAUACGUUUAAGUUACCUGAUUGAGAGACUCUCUGCGGAUACUAAUCUUUCAAAAUUGAAACUUGUUGUUUUAGAGGAAAUAUUUACGAGGGAUCCGUCUUUACUUCGAGGUAAUGAGGAUACAAUGGUGGAGUUAUAUGCGUUGUGUGAUCCACCGAAGUUGCUUCCAUUUUUGAAAGAAUAUGAUGGAUAUAGUAACACCAAGGCAAUUGAUAUUUGUAAGGGAAGAAAGGAUUUGUAUCACGAAUUAAUUUACUUGUUGGGAAGAGUCGGAGAGACUAAAAGAGCUUUAUCAAUUAUCAUCGAUGAAUUAAAUGAUCCUCAACUUGCAAUUCAAUUUGUAAAAAGUUGGGGUGACCAGGAACUUUUGGAUUUUAUGAUCGGAUACAGUUUAGAUAAACCUGACUUUGUUAUAGCUUUGCUACAGUGCGAAGAUCAAAGUGGGAAUAUGCACGUUAAAGUGCUUAAGGGUGUUCCAGAAAAUUUGGAAAUUGAAGGAAUAGCACCAAUAUUGAAAAAUAUGACAAAAGAAGAUAUGCUUGAAAUUGUGAGCAAACAGAUACUGGCUAGUAUUGUGGAGGAAGAUACAGAAAAUUACGCCAAAGACUGGAUUAAGUAUAGAAAGCUUGGUAGAGUAUUCGAUGUGCAUUAA